AUGCACUAUGCUUUGCAAGAGAAUCUCCAAAUUUUGACUUGUCUUACCCUCUGUGGCAGAUUGUUUGCUGUUGUGGAUGACAUCUUCUGCUUGUUUCAAGGACACAUAGAGAAUGUUACUCUUCUUAAGCAGCAAUUUGGAUUGAACAAGAUGGCUAAUGAGAUGAUCAUUGUCAAUGAAAUGCAUAGAAUUCUGAGAGACGGGCCUCACCCUUCCGAGCAAGUUGUGAGAGACACCAAUGGGAAGUUUGCAUUUGUGCUCUUUGACAGCUCUUCGAAAACCACUUUUCUGGCUCAAGAUGUUGAUGGAAGUGUUCCUUUCUUCUGGGUAAGUGAUGCUGAAGGCAAUCUUGUUUUCUUGGACGGUGCAGAUGUAGUGAAGAAGGACUGUGGGAAAUCUUUUGCACCAUUCCCUAAAGGAUGCUUCUUUACUGGCUGCAGAGGUUUGAGGAGUUAUGACCACCCAAUUAAUGAGGUGAAGUCGGUUCCUAGGGUGGACAGCUCUGGCCAAGUGUGCGGUGCUACAUUCAAAGUGGAUGCGGAGACAAAGGAGUCCAGCAUGCCUAGAGUUGGGAGUGCUGCGAACUGGUCCUCGCAUUACUGA